GUGACGGAGGGAAAUAAUGGUGUGAGUGUUGGAGGAGGAGAGGCAAGGUUUACUGCCGUUUGCUUUUGAAGGCUAUACACCCGGUCUCUAAAGUGGUUGCUUGCCUCCCUGACUAAUCAGCAAAUGAAAGGCACAUUCCUGGCACUUGCAAAUGCUUCAACACAAAGAUGAAUUGCCUCCUUGCAGGACCAGCUUGCUUUUUUUUCUCUCCCGAUGAGCUCUAGGUUUUUCUCAGAGAGCCCCAUUUGCACUGGACUUGGCUUGAGUUGCCUGCAUUACAAUCAACAGUGGCUGACUCAUGCGAGACAAAAGUUCUUCAUUGACUGCCAAGUACUUCUCACAGGGCGCAAGAGCUGCUGAUCAGAAGAAAAAAUAAAUUCCACCAGGAAUAAUUUUGAGAUAGGUGUUCAGUCCGGACGUUUUUUGGGAGAUCUGGGACUUUUCAGUUGAGUGACUUUCGAAAGCGGAAAGUUCUAUACAAAAAAUAAUUCACAGAGAAGGUUCAAACCAAUUCUGCCUGUACGAGUUUCAUGUAUGGACAGGGACAGAGUGCUGCACUUCCUAUUGAAGAAAUAAAAGGCGUCAAACUGACUUUCAGUCGGCGACAGAAGAAAAAGACCAUCUGCGUUCUAUCAGAGUUGUGCAGCUUGCUGUUUCGAUAUAGAGCGACUGGCCUUCACAGGUCUGCCCCAGCUGUUCCAUACGUGCAAAGCAUUCCUCCCUCGAUGGGGAUGUUAAACCACUGCAGCUGGUGGACCUGUCUAAUGGGAUGUGCUCUGGUGGAUUGCUGGCUGAUCACCCUUGUCUAUUCAGAGCAACAUCGAGCCGAGACUCAACAUCCCCGAAUCCAUCGUGUGAAGCGCAACUGGGUGUGGAACCAGUUCUUUGUGGUUGAAGAGAACAACGAAGAUGAACCACUCCGCAUCGGGAAGAUACACUCCGACUCGGAUAUGGGCAAUGGGACGUUGAGGUACACGUUGAGCGGUGAGGGAGCUGGCACCAUAUUCACCAUCAAUGAGGAUAAGGGAGACAUCUACGUCAUGAAGAAGCUAGACCGAGAGGAGAAGCCGUCCUACACACUCCGUGCACAAGUGGUGAACAGAGCUACCAAGCAGUACGCUGAGCCCGAGUCAGAGUUCAACAUUAAGGUCCAAGACAUCAACGACAAUGAACCCAUGUUUCUAGACGGGCCGUAUGUCGCCACCGUCCCUGAGAUGUCGCCUGAUGGGACCUCCGUUACCCAAGUAACAGCUACAGAUGCUGACGACCCCUCAUAUGGGAGCCAUGCCAGGAUUGUGUACCGCAUCCUUCAAGGACAACCAUACUUUCUGGUCGAACCAACUACAGGAAUUAUUCGAGUAGCUAUGCCGAAUAUGGACAGAUUAGUCAAAGAGCAUCACCUGGUUAUUGUUGAAGCAAAGGACAUGGCUGGACUGACAGGUGGUUUCUCAGGGACAACUACGGUGACCAUCACCUUGUCUGACGUGAAUGACAAUGGGCCAAAGUUUCAACACAAGUUGUACCACUUUACGUUGCUGGAAUCCACCGACAUAGGGACCACAGUGGGGAGAGUGCUGGCCACAGAUGCCGACACUGGACAAAAUGCAGAAAUGGCCUUCAGUGUAGAAGGCAGUGAUGGCUCAGAUUCAUUCAACAUAGUUGCAGAUGGCCAGACCCAGGAAGGUGUCAUCAUUCUGAAGAAGGCUCUGGACUACGAGAGCAAAAGGUGGUUUAGCCUCAGGGUGCAGGCAAUCAACAAACACAUCGAUCCGAGGUUUCUGCAGCUGGGGCCGUUUAAAGAUGGGACCAACGUGAAGAUCAGUGUGCUGGAUGUGGACGAGCCACCGCUAUUUCUCUCUCCCACCUACACCUUCAGGAUUCAGGAGAAUCGAGAGCCCGGAGCCCCUGUGGGAAAGGUCUCUGCCAGGGACCCUGAUGCAGCAAGCAAUUCAAUCAGGUAUUCCAUCGAUCGUGGGACAGGCAUGGACAGUACUUUCCUCAUUGAUACCUUCAAUGGCACCAUCACAACCUCCCAAUCCCUGGACCGAGAGGAGGUCGCCUGGUACAAUUUAUCCAUCUUGGCUGCAGAAGUAGGUGAUUCAGAGAAGGUUACAUCCGUCUUGGUGCAAAUCGGCGUCCUGGAUAAGAAUGAUCACCCUCCCGUGUUUCCCAUUCCCUACGAAACGUUUGUAUGUGAAAAUGCAAAGUACGGACAGCUCAUUCAGACCAUCAGUGCGGUGGACAAAGAUGACCCACUGGAGGGACAAUAUUUCCACUUCACACUGGCGGCAGAUGUAGGCAGUAAUCCCAAUUUCACCAUUAGCGAUAAUCAAGAUAACAGCGCCUCUAUCCUGACACGGACUGUUGGAUUUAAUCGUCGAGAGCAGGCGGUUCACUUGCUGCCCAUCGUGAUAGAGGACAGUGGGGAUCCAUCCCUCAGCAGCACCAACACGCUGACUGUCCUCGUGUGUAAAUGCAGCAACAAUGGGGUUGGGCAACUGUGCAACACCGAUGCAUUCCUGCUGCCCGCUGGCCUCAGCACGGGGGCCCUCAUCGCGGUGGUCGUCUGCAUUCUGAUGAUACUAGCCAUUGUCCUCCUCCUUCUCAUCCUGCGACAGCACAGGAAGGAGCCCGACUGCACGGAUGAUGUGGAUGACGUGCGUGAGAACAUCGUCAGGUAUGACGACGAAGGGGGCGGCGAGGAGGACACCCGGGCCUUCAACAUGGCUGCCCUGAGGGGGCCUGACGCCAGGGGCGGGCCCAAGGUACGCGUGGAUGUCGCGGCGGGAGUCCGGUCGGCAUACAGGCGGUCGCUCGGGACGGGCCCGGACGCGGCCAUCUUCCGAGAGUUCAUCAGGGACAGGUUGCGGGAAACCGACACAGAUCCCUCCGCCCUCCCCUUCGACUCCCUGCAGACCUACGCCUUUGAGGGCAGCGGCUCCGUGGCAAGCUCCCUGAGCUCCAUGUCCUCUCUAGCCUCCAUUUCACACCUAUCUUACGAUCAUCUCAGAGACUGGGGACCACACUUCUACAAGCUGGCAGAACUGUACGGGAAUUGUGAGCCAGUUUCAUGAGUGGGGCGACAAGUAUUAAAUAUCUCGGUGAAAGUCCUCCUGAUACCCUGGUGCCUCUGAAAUCAUCACGUCCACCUACAAAGCCCCUAGGAAUCCUCAGCCAAUCCCCACAUUCUCCAAGGACAAAACACAAUUCUGCUCCAUUCUAUAAUCAGAAGAUUACUCCAUCUUAAAACAUUUUGAACCUGUAAUACUUGGUGUAAUCCAGAAGGCAAAGGAAAAAUCAUCGCGACCACCAACUAGGCUAAUGUGCCCUGCAGUUGGAUCUACAUAGAACAUAGAACAGUACAGCACAGGAGCAGGCCCACAAUGUCCGUGCUGAACACGAUGCCAAGAUCGCACCCAAGAACUAAUCUCAUCUGCCUGUAAGCAAUCCAUAUCCCUCCAUUACCUGCAUAUCCACAGGACCCAUGGAGAAUGUGGAUCUGGUGACUCAUGCUCUCACCUGACAAAGACUUGGGACAUUGCAAACUAAAGACAGAAUGAAGCGAUUCAUUUCACAUUCUGUUCCAUUAUUGAAUUUGUUGGCAUAAAGUCUUGACCAUCAA